AUGCGUGUUCAAUCGAUAGCAGCAGCCGCUGUGGCGCUGCUCUCUCCCCAGUCCCACGCCGCUCGCCCCGAGGGCCUCCCCGAGCGGCCCAUCCUCGAGCCAUCCCCCUACCACGCUGGCCAGGCCCUGCCCGUCUCGCCGCCCCGUGACGACGACCGCUUCUGCCACGUCCGGGCGGGCUGUCACCCACGCGACGACGCCGCGCCACGCAUCCUCAAGGCCUUUGAGGUGUGCAACGAUGGCGGCACCGUCGUGCUCGACCAGGUAUACUGGAUCGGGUCGCCGCUGGACCUCACCUUCCUGAAGCACGUCGACGUGGUCAUCACGGGCGAGGUGCACUUUGACGACACGGACGUGUACUACUGGGCGGACCACAGCUUCAAGUACCCCUACCAGAACACGAGUGCGUUUUGGCAGAUUGGCGGCGAGGACGUCAACAUUUACGGCGACCUAAGCAACGACCAGUCCCUGAUCGACGGGCAUGGUCAGGCGUACUGGAAGGAGAUUGAGACCAACACGACGCUACGCCGACCCCUUCUAUUCGUCUUUGAGGGCCUCGAGGGCGGCUCCAUGUCCAACUUGAGGAUGCGCAAUCCCCCUUUUUGGUUCAACCUUAUCGCCAACAGCACCGACAUUAUCGUCAGCAACAUGGAUCUGGAGGCUGUGGCCACAGAUGGCGUCAAGAUUGCCAACUCGGACGGCUGGGACACGUACCGCUCCAACCGCGUGGUCAUCCAAGACUCUGUCAUCAACAACACUGACGACUGCGUCUCGUUCAAGCCCAACAGCACCAACGUGGUCGUGCAGGGCCUCGUGUGCCACGGCUCGCACGGCAUCAGCAUCGGCUCGCUGGGGCAGUACAAGGGGCUGACGGACAUUGUCGAGAACCUGCACAUUUACAACAUCUCCAUGAGCAACGCCAGCGACGGCGCGCGCAUCAAGGUCUGGCCCGGCAUCGAGACGGACUUUCAGGACAACCUCAACGGCGGCGGCGGCCUCGGGUGGGUGCGCAACGUGACGUACGACCUGUUCCACCACGAGAACAAUGACCGCGCCAUCACCAUUACGCAGUGCUACGGGCAGAAGAACCAGACGCUGUGCAACGAGUUUCCAGCGAACCUCACCAUCGAGGACAUUACUAUGAAGAACAUGUGGGGUACCACGUCGGGUGCGUACGAUCCCCGUGCCGGCACGCUCGUGUGCAGCGCGGACGAUCGAUGCAGCAACAUCCGGGUAGAGAACGUGACGGUCACCGUCCCGAGCGGCGAGUCGCCCGUCUACGACUGCUUGCACGUGGACGAGUCGCUGCUGGACUUGACGUGCGUCGCGCCCGUGAUCGACAGGGACACGUCCCAGGGCUGA